UUACUCACAUUUGUUCAGCUAAGUGGUUUAAGGUGAAGACCAUCAAGAGAUUGAACAAUGAAGACUGUGGCCGCUCUACUUGUUUUUAUCAGUUUGGCUUUUGUUGCUAUCGAAGGGCAGCGUGCACCUGGAAUCCAAAGAUGUUUAUGUCGGGGUCCUGGGGUAAAGAUAGUGAAUCCAAAGCUGAUAGAGAAAGUGGAAAUUCACCCUGCUAGUCCAUCUUGUGGACAUCUGGAAGUUGUUGUCUUGCUGAAGAAUGGUGCAAGGCGAAGAUGCUUAAACCCAGAGUCAGUGUUUACCCAGAAUAUCAUUAGGAUGAUUGCAAAUAAGAACAGGAGUGCUCAGUGAAAAGUGUGAAGUGGUUCAACUGCAUUUUCAUGUGUGAAGGUUGUGGCCAGUGUGGACUUUCAUUAAAUAGUCAUUAAAAAGCUGUAUUGAUUAUUUUUAUGUAAGUUAUUACAUAAUGUAAAUUAUUUUUUACAUAUUAAGUUAUGAGUU